CCGGGGGCGGAGCCGAGCCAGGUUCUUCUAGGGUCCCGGCACCGAGGGCUCCGAGCUGUCUCCUUCCUCUUCGCCUGUCUGUGUCACCAGGUCCACCGCAGUCAAGAUGAUGUGUGGCGCGCCGUCCGCCACGCAGCCGGCCACGGCCGAGACGCAGGAGAUCGCCGACAAGGUGAAAUCCCAGCUCGAAGAGAAAGAAAAUCAGAAGUUCGCCGUCUUCAAAGCUGUGUCCUUCAGGCAGCAGGUGGUGGCUGGCAUCAACUUCUUUAUCAAGGUUGAUGUUGGUGACAAUAAAUUUGUGCACUUGAAGGUGUUCAAGGCCCUCCCCCAUGAAAACAAGCCCUUGACCCUGUCUUGCUACCAGACCAACAAAGAACAACAUGAUGAGCUGAGCUUCUCGUGAUUCUGCAGCCCCUGGCCAAACACUGCAUCUCUCUAUGGUGUUUGGGACCACGAAGGCAAUACCCCUCUGUGAUGGAGGGGGCGGAGUGGGGCAGCUUCUUUUGUGAUUCCCAAACUGCAUUGUGUUUGUUUUCUUCCAAAUAAUUAUUUUCAGAAAGCUACGUGUGAUCUCUCUAAAUAUAUUUUAAAGUCUA